CUCAGCCCUGCAAGAGCCCUAAACACAGUGCAUCUGCCUGCAGCCUGCCUGCACGCCUGCCUUGCAGCCUGCCCGCAACCAGCCCUGGGCUCAGGGUUCGGCCUCGGUCCCCAGCCAUGCUGGUGCUCCCGCUGCUCCUGGAGGCCACUUUGCUGCAGCUGGCCAGUGGCUCCUACCACCCCUUCUACAACGGCUUCUACUACAACCACAUAAUGAACGACAAGGGCAACGGGCAGGAGAAAGUGGUUUCCUUCAACGGGGCCAAGCUGGUGGUGGAGACCCCCAAAGACCCCGUCUACAGCUCCAGCAGUGCCAAUGUCACCCUGCCCUGUCACUACCAUUACGAGCCUGACCUAGAGGCCAAGCGCAAGAUCCGCAUCAAGUGGUCCAAGCUGCGGGAUGACUACACCAAGGAGCAGGACGUGCUGGUGGCCAUUGGCAAGACCUACCUGGCCUUUGGGGACUUCCGGGGCCGUGCUCACCUCCACCAGACUGGCCGGCGUGAGGCCUCGCUGGUCAUCAGUGAUGUGCGCUUGCAGGAUGAUGGCAAAUACCGCUGUGAGGUCAUUGAUGGGCUGGAGGACGAGAGCGAUGUGGUGGACCUUCGGCUGCAAGGCAUCGUGUUCCCCUACCAGCCUCCCCGUGGGCAGUACAGGCUCAACUUCCACGAAGCCGAGCAAGUGUGCCAGGAGCAGGGCGCCAUCCUCGCCACCUUCAACCAGCUCUUCCAGGCCUGGAGCGAGGGACUGGACUGGUGCAACGCGGGCUGGCUGGCUGAUGGCACCGUGCAGUAUCCCAUCCGCCAGCCCCGCAAGCCCUGCGGUGGGUUGCACCUCGCCCCGGGCAUCCGCAGCUAUGGCCCGCGCCACCGGCACCUGCAUCGCUUUGAUGCCUUCUGCUUCUCUUCGGCACUCAAAGGAGAGGUUUUCUACCUGGACCGCCCGGCCGGGAUGACGCUGGAGGAAGCCAAGCAGAGCUGCCAGGAUGUGGGGGCUGAGAUCACCCGCGUGGGGCAGCUCUACUCUGCCUGGAAGUUCCUGGGGCUGGACCGCUGCGACGCCGGCUGGCUGGCGGACGGCAGCAUUCGCUACCCCAUCGUCAAGCCCCGGGCCAACUGCGGCCCCGCAGAGCCCGGCGUCCGCAGCUUCGGCUUCCCCAGCAAGGGCAGGUUUGGGGUCUUCUGCUACAAAGAGAGAUAAGGAGCCGGGAGGGCUCCUUCAUGGCCGGAGGAUGUUUCCAGCCUGACGGUGCCUGGCGUCGGGUGUUUCCCAGGGCUGUUUUGGGGGUGACUGGGGGGAGGUGGGGCGGGGGGAGGCUUCUUUUUGUUUUAUUUUGUUUCCUUCCUUUAUAUUUUCCACAUCUUGCUCAGCAGCCGGCACAUGCAGCUGUUCGGGCCGGCUGCUGGCUGGGGCAGUGCGGGACCGUCCCUGGCAUGGGGUGCGCACGAGGAUGACCCCCAUGGGCUGCUGCCACCCCGCUUGGCCCCUGCCACCCUGUGGGUGGUGGCCCCUUCCCGCGGCAGCAGCACAUCACCGGCACCCACCUGCCCUUCCAGGCUGGUCCUGCCCCUGAGCUCGCAGGGUGGGAGCGAGGCGAGGCUGGAUCUGGCCAGGGGCAGAGAGCGGGUGCCUCUGUUGCAUCCCGCCUCCUCUUCCAGCCCUGUCCCCAUCCCACUGAAGGAUGCUGUUGUGCCUGUCCCUGUGGGGGUGCCAGUGCCUUAUCUCCAUGCACCCCUUGCCCGGACGCCACUUGAACACUGGUGCCUUCUUCUUCGAGCGUUUGGUAAUGAAAAGAUGUAUUUUCCUGGACCUCUUCUAAUAAAUCAGUGGAGAAAGCCCUGGAGCAACGUGGCUGUGUCCCCAUCUCUGUCCCAGCAUGAGAGAGGGGUCUGCCAAAGCGAGAGGAUUUGGGGAUCCCUGGCUGGACACCUGGGACUGUCUCAUCCCUGGCUGAGCACCAUCUCAUCACUGCCAGCUCAGCCCUGUGCCCAUCCGAGCUCCUGCAAGGGUACACAUGCUCCCUCAUUAAUGAGUGUUAAUUAACCCCUGGGGUGUCCAGACUGGAAGAUGGAGGGUGAAGCAUUUCCUGCUGGUAAUGGGUUUUAGGCGUAUGGGUUAACCCCUUCCUGGGGUCAGAGUUGAUCAGAGGUGGCAAUGUCCUACCCCAGGGUCCUUCUCUGGUUGGGGCUUGGGAAACCCCCCCACAACCCUGUUGUCUGCAGGGCUGCACCCUUGGGUGCCGGCUGGGGCUGAGCCAGUCCCACCUAGCCUGGAAGGACCCUGUUUGGGCUCCCCUUCCUUCCCAUGGGAGACUCCCCCCUUCAACCCUCAGAGACCCCCACUUCCCCAAAAAAACCAACACUGACAAAGUGCCCAUUCCGAUUUCACUCUCUUUAUUAUUUAUCAUUCUUUCAAAAUAGGAUAUGUUCAAAAAUAUAAAUAGGUGCAGGGAACGCUGGUGCCCCGCACGGUCCCCUGGAAAGAGCACAUUGUCCCGGGACGGGCGCUGUGCCGCAGGGGGGGCAGCGGGGAAGCAGAGAGGGGCUGCAGCCCCCAGUGCCCAGGUCCCGGGUCUCAGCAUCCCUUCGC